UAUUUUAGAGUAAGCUCGUUCUUCUUUCUAUAGAACCAUAACUUGAGCAUCAAUGGCGGUUACAUUUUCUGAUCUGCACACAGAGCAAGGUCUCAAAACCCUCGAGGAACAUCUCGCCGGAAAAACCUACAUCUCCGGCGAUCAGCUUUCAUUAGAUGAUGUGAAGGUUUACGCUGCCGUAUUGGAGAAGCCAGGCGAUGGCUUCCCCAAUGCUAGCAAGUGGUACGAUUCCGUUGCUUCUCACCUCGCUAAAAGUUUUCCCGGGAAAGCCGUCGGAGUGAGAGUUGGUAGUGGUGUUGCUCCAUCUGAAGCUCCGCAGACUGAGGCACCUGCUGCUGCUGGAGCUGACGGUGAUGUUGAUGAUGAUGAUGAUGAUGAUAUUGAUCUUUUUGCUGAUGAGACUGAAGAUGAGAAAAAAGCUGCUGAGGAGAGAGAAGCUGCUAAGAAGGAUACUAAGAAGACUAAAGAGAGUGGAAAAUCUUCUGUGCUACUCGACGUAAAGCCAUGGGAUGAUGAAACCGAUAUGAAGAAGUUGGAAGAAGCUGUUCGUAGUGUUCAGAUGCCGGGUCUUACAUGGGGAGCUUCGAAAUUGGUACCGGUUGGUUACGGGAUAAAGAAACUCACAAUCAUGAUGACAAUCGUUGAUGACCUUGUGUCUGUAGACAACCUCAUAGAAGACCAUCUCACCUCAGAGCCUAACAACGAGUACAUCCAAAGUGUCGACAUUGUCGCUUUUAACAAGAUUUAGAGACUCCAAAACCCGUUCCACAUGAAAAAGAUGUUGAGUUUCAGUUUUGGUGUCAGUCUUGUUGUGUUUCUAAUAUGGUUUGAUAUGACGCUAAAGUCUCUUCUUCUAAGUUCCAAGACCAAACGUUGGAGUUGAAGCACAUUAACUUCACUUGGUCUCUUGUAAGUUCUUGUCUAAGACAAUUUGCUGUUAUAAUGGCCCUGUUCGUUUGCAAAGACGCUGCGACAGAGACCAGCGAUUGAAAAAAGGCUUUAUCUCUCUUUCAUUUC